UGUUAUUAACGUUAAUAACGUUAUCUCUCGCGGCGUCACUCACGUCCCCAACGACGACGACGGCUGCUGCUGCUGCUGCUGCUAGGAGGAGGAGGAGGAGGAGGACGGGACUGCGGUUCAGGUGCACCGCUGUGAUUGAAAGACAGGGAAGUUUUUUUUAAACGCUACGGGAAAAAGAAGGAGAUGAACCCACGAACGGAAGGAUAUCGCUCUCAUUAGUAGUUAAUCUGUUAAACGUAGUUCGCCAUUGUGUGCUUUUUUUGUGUGUGUGUACAUCGGUGAUGGGAUUCCUUCAGGAGCGACCUGCCGCCUAACGUUAACCCCUCCGAAAAGGUAUUCUUGCCAAAACGAGGACUUCAGGACGGACAUGAUGUUUUUGAUGCCCGUUCCGAGAACCCACUAACUUUUGGGAGAUAAACUUUGCAUUGUUAGAGGGUUUAUUACACAGUUGUGGUUCUUUGACGUACUGUUGCUCCAAGAAAAGUAAUGGAGACAGAAGAGAGGGAGGAUGCAUCACAAAAACCCACAGCCAAUAUAAAGGCAGAGACAGAGGAAGACGUGACCUCUGGCCACACCUGUGGAGUGUGUGGCCGUAGCUUUCCUCUUCUCAGCUCUCUCUCCCAGCACAUGAGAAGACACACACGGGAGAAGCCGUACAAGUGUCCGUACUGUGAGCACAGGACGGCUCAAAAGGGCAGUCUGAAGGCCCACAUUCGAAGCCAUAAGCUGGGCCUGUUCAGCCAAAACCUCAGUGACAAGGAGGGGGAUGCAGAUCAAGAGCAGAAAGGUAACGCUGAGACACCCGACCCUCCUCCUGAAAUCGUCAGCACAUCUGACAAAGCUCAUAAUGUCAACGGGAAGGUAAAGAAGAAAGGAAGCAAGAAAAAAGUUAAGGGUAAAGAUGGCGCUGAGGUCGAUGAUGAGGCCGAUGUUGGGUCCUGUACCUGCAGCAUUUGUGGCCAGGUUUUCCCUCAGGUACUGCUCCUUAAAUCCCACAUGAAAAGGCACCGCAGCUCCCAGGAUCACGGCUGCCGGAUUUGUGGACGCCGUUUCCGCCAGGCGUGGUUCCUCCAAAGUCAUAUGCGCAUUCACCGGGUCAAAGCCCAGCUAAGAGGUGGCAAAAGCAAUGAGCCGCCUGCCACCAUCAAUGGAGUUCCACAGGACCCGGCAUCGCUGACAAAUGAAGAGUGCCUCUACGAGCUGUGCGCUGGCUGCGGCAACUUUUUCUCAGACCGCAAAACACUGCGAAUACACGAAAAGCUACAUAAACUUAACCACAGUCGCACACAAAAUCCACCACAGGAGGAUAUCGAAGCCCCCGAGAUGCACGUUGCUAAGAGGCAUUUUUUGGAAAGCCUGAGCCUCACAUGUGUUGGUCCAAGAGAAAAGAGGAAAGAGGAAGAGGAAAAGAGCCUGAGCAGGCGAAUUCCAGAGCUGGAUCCAGUUUGUAGUUACCAAGCGUGGCAGCUGGCCACAAGGGGACGACUAGUGGAGGUCACAGAGAAGUGUCUGGGAUGGGAGGAGAGGCUAGCAGAUGCUGCGGUGGCAUAUGACACAGAGAAGGGCGAGUAUGUUCCCCUGAAACAGGAGAAGAGGAGGAAGCAAAUAGACACUUCCAGUUCCAAUGUAAAGAAGAUGAAGGGUGAUCCAGGCCUUGAUCACACAUCCAACAGCUUGACUCACACUAAAGGUGGUGACAAGAGGAUUUGCCAGAAGGACCGUAUUCUGUUGAACGGACUUGGUCAUGCAUUUUAUGAGGCGCUGCAGACUAAGAAAGUUAAAGAUGUUCACUUCAUACCCAAACAGACCAACAACAUCAGGAGCCAAGACCAGGAGGAUAAAAAACCGUACUUCUGCGAGCACUGUGAUUUCCACACUGUCGAUGCCUCACUACUCAGGUCUCACCUGCUCAGGCAGCACCAGGACGUCCUGGGUCCAUACAGCAAACACAGCACAGCUUUGGACAACAUUAGCCAAAGUGGUUCCAAAGCCUCGAGAUACAUGGACUACCUCAGAAACAGGAGUGUGUUGCUCAGUCAGCCAUACUGGAAUCCUUACACAUGUCCGCCUGGCCAGGGCGCUGCAGAGUCAAACAUUAAAACAGAAAAGUCAAAGGCUACUGAGGUCAAAGGGCAGGGACAGGCUACUAAUGAUGCUGGAAGUCUCCUUAACCUGUCUUCACUACCCAUAAGCGAAGACAGUGCUGUAAAUUACCCGCUAAAAACAGAGGGCCUGGUGAGACAUCAGUGCCCAUACUGCACCCACACUACCAACUACCCAGAGGUGCUGUGGAUCCAUCAGCGGGUUGCACACAGGGUAGAUGGCAGCAGCUCCAUGGCACCCAAGUGGGCACCCUGCACUAACAGCCCCAAGAGUUUAAAGACAGGUGCUACCCAGUGGAGACGCACAGGGCCUCCACCAUUCCUCGAAGGCAAGGACUGCCCUGCUCUACCUGCUCCAAGAACUCAGCGCACACAGCCUCCAGGUAUCACAGCCCACAGCAGCAAGCACUCAGCUCCCAAGACCCAGUCAGGUGGCCCGAAGUCCAAACAUCACUCAAAGGACUUGCGCGCUUCACAUGGGACACAGUCUAGUGGGAGGAUGGGACUCCUACCUCAAAAGAAGUCUGGUGGACAUAACCGGGCAGACGAGGGGGGAAGUAAGAGCUCCAGCACCCAAGCUACUUCAUCGAGCAGUACUGUGCGCAGCAAGAGUGCCCCUAGUUCCCAGCCUACAAGCAGCCCCAAACACAGAGGCCACAGAGCUGCAGUGGAAGCAAACUUCCCACAGGAAGGUUUGGGUUUUAUGUUGGCCAGAAAUCAUGGCGGGACUUCAUCCAACACAGCUGCAGAUAGACCCCAUCCCCACAGGCAGCCAUGUGACUCUUCUUCAGGUCCUAAGGGCCCUGAUCUGUGGGCUGCCAUGAACAUGUGGGGUCACAAAGCUUAUUUAGAACCACUCCGUUUUGCUCAGGGAAAGAAUGACUCAACAGGAGAAAUGCCAAUGGACAUUGAUAUUUUGAGUCUCCUGAAAAACUACAGUCCCCACGAUCUAGCUGCUCUUUACCAGCACUGGGGGUUUGUUGAUCCCAGGAUCGAUCCACAAGCACUGUUGCAGUUAAAUGGAAAUUUUGGAAAAGAAGUCCAUUCAACCUCUGAAGCCUCCAAACAAGUGAACAGCCGCUCCACUUCAUCCUCAGGGUCUCUUCAUAAAGGAACGUGAACAUACAGCGUGUUCCUGCACGACACUACUGCUGUUCUUUAAAGGAACCAGCCAUAACUCCUAAAAAAGGACAGAGGCACUGGAUAAUGCACAACAUAUGCAAAGCAAUGAGGUGGACCUUUAUUAUUUUGUAAUAUGAUUUCAUUUGAAGUGUUGCGCAUGCUUUUUGUUUGUUAAAGAGUGUAGAUAUGUUAGUUACCAAAACACACAUGAAUAUAUGUUCUAUGGAAAUGAGGUAGAACUGUUUGAGCCUAAACUGUUAGUGGGUGGGACCACAGCCUAGGUGGAAAUAAAAUGUGACGCUACACUGACAAGGAUAAAGAGGACAUUAUAGUGGCUACAGGCCUACAGAUAUCAGUGAAAAUGAGCUCUAGCAGCUGAAAUCCUGGUAAGAAAAACACUAAAUCUUAUGGUUUGUACGAGUGAAUGCCACCAGAAACACUUCAAAAGACUUCAAAAGUUGUAAGCUGUGACCUGAACAUUUUACUUCACUUUUACCUCUAUAUAUGUUGUAUAUGCCCUAUUUUGGUUUUUGGUUCAAGGUUUUUUACUGCAUUUGAUUGUCUCAACAUUAACAAUAUGCUACUGGGUACUUGAAUACAAACUGAAGCUAAAAAUAUUGUCACUUUCAGUUUGAAGCCCAUAUUCACAGAAUUAUUCAGAAUGUGCCCUAAGAGUGGACUGUUAGCAUCCAGCACUAUUGUAUGGCAAGUGAAAAUGAACAAAAUCAUGAUCCCACUGUAAGGCACUCUGGGAUGGUUUAAUUAGGGUCAAAUAUGAGCAGGCUUUGGCAUUAUUAGCUCAUUAUCCCACACACACUUAGAGAAACGGGAUGCACUGGUUAUAUUACUAUUGUCACACUGGAUGUUGUGAUGCUCUUCAGCCCACAGUCACAAGACUUCAAGUCGGAUAGAUGCAAAAAUAUUUCUCCAUGAGACUUUUUAUUGACCUUUUAAGCAAAAUACUACAAAACCUUGCCAUACUCAUCAUCAGUGUAUCAGUGCCAGUGACAAAGUUAAGUAACUGCUCACCUCCAGUUUAUAAGUUGUAAAAUCAUCAAUAACUUUAAUAAAAUCUUUGUCUUUUUGGCCAGUUUUAAAAUCAGAUAUCCAUGUCAAACAGCAGGAGUGACACCUUGGCAAAUCCAUAGCUGUAGCCAAACCCACGGUCCACAAAGGGCAAUCAGUUAAUGUGAGAAAUCCAGAGGAAUAUAAAUAAAUUGGUGGCCAUCAUUGUAGCCAGUCUGUUAAACAAGUUUGUGUGUCAAAAUGACCAGUUAACAAUGAAAUGUGGUUCAUAAUUCUUAAGUUUGAAAUGCUAUAAUUUGUCCUUUUUUUAUCCUAUCAGAAAGAUAGUAUAAACAGCCGCACUGAUUUCCCAUCGUGUUAGUGAUGUAGCAACUUAAUGCUGUGAUUUUUAGAAGUAGAGACUGUAGCGGUAACAACUUCUACUGACGUGGCCCUGACUUACAUUGGCCGGUUAAGCUACUGAAAAGACUACAAAAAAAUUCACCUCAUUCUCAAUUUGUUUUCAUGUGUUUUCUGUUUGCAGAUUUGUUUAGUAUGUUUAUAUUUUAGUUCUGAUUCAGUGUAUUCAUCUCCCAUAGAGAAACAGUCUAUGCAUUUGACAAAAAGCCAUCAACUUAUGGAUUCUUGAGAGAUCUUGAGAAUACAUAAUUUAUUACUGGAGUAUUGACUUUGAUCUGUGUGGAAAACUGUUUUUUGAUAAAUAUUGUAAAUGAUUGUUUUAUUUAAUGGUCUUUUUUGUUUGUUUGCUAAGAGUGGCAAUUCUAACACUCAGACGUACUUGAUAUUUGUAGUAACAACAGAAAAUGUUUUAAAAAAAGGAUUGUUUUCAGUGACGACUGAGGUCAGAGUGCACGCUCCUGCAGGAGGUGUUACUGAGCCUGUGCUCUAGCUGUCUGUAAAGAUGCUGCUUCAGACAGUGUAUCAGGGGGAGGAGUGGCAGGAAACAGUGAGACAGUGCUUGUUAUGCAAGCCUGAACUUUUAUGCAAACUUAAAGCUUAAAGUUAAGCUCUCACUGGGUUCAUUGUUUUGACUGUAAACAUGUUUCAUAGUUAAUAAUUAUGUUGGUAUCAGAAUUUCUAUUUUCACCAGUUCCACAUUUUGUCUGACUGUUAAAAUAAUACAAAAUAAAGUUGGUCAAUGUAGAUUUACGUUAUAA